GGGAAGGUGAAGUGAUUGGAGAGCGACUAGAAAGUAUUUUUGAUCGUGAAGUAGGUGCGAGGGUCACAGCGGUUGGGCCUGCCAUGGGAUCCUUAGUCAGGGGCCUGGUGUUGCUGUCCCUCCUAGCUGCAGCCUCCGCAGCUUCGGUGGAAUGGCAUGCUGUGAAGGAGCCAGAGCACCAUGUCGCUGCUGUGAAGCUCGCAAAGGGAAAUCCUAGGGCUGCAUUUUCGGAUUGGGUGGAGCAUCUUCAGAAGGCGUACAAGGACAACGUGGAGGAGUAUGAGCGGAAGUUCUCCGUUUGGCUGGACAACCUGGAGUUUGUCCACUCUCACAAUGAGAAGGACAGCACCUUCAAGUUGGGCUUGACAAACUUCGCCGACUUGACGCAUGACGAGUACAGGCAGCACGCUCUGGGCUACAGGCCGGAGCUGAAGGGAACGGGCUUGGGCACCGGCAAGUCGACGGGUUUCCAGUACGCCGAUUACGAGGCACCUCCCAGCAUCGAUUGGCGCAAGAAGGGCGCCGUGACGGAUGUCAAGAACCAGCAGCAGUGCGGUUCUUGCUGGGCGUUCUCAACGACGGGAUCGGUGGAGGGCGCGAAUGCCAUUUACUCUGGAGAGCUGGUGUCCCUGAGCGAGCAGGAGCUGGUGGACUGUGAUGUCACCCAGGACCACGGCUGCCAUGGUGGCCUCAUGGACUUCGCCUUCUCUUUCAUCAUCAGGAACGGGGGCAUUGACACGGAGAAGGACUACAAGUACAAGGCGCAGGACGGCGUGUGCAACAUCGCCAAGGAGAAGCGUCACGUGGUCACCAUCGACUCCUACGAGGAUGUGCCCCCCAAUGAUGAGUCCGCCCUCAAGAAGGCAGCGGCGAACCAGCCGAUCAGCGUGGCAAUUGAGGCGGACCAGCGCGAAUUCCAGCUGUACGCGGGGGGCGUCUUUGACGCGCCCUGCGGAACUGCAUUGGACCACGGAGUGCUGGUGGUGGGCUACGGCAGCGACAACGGCACCGACUACUGGAUCGUGAAGAACAGCUGGGGCGACUUCUGGGGCGACUCUGGCUACAUCCGCCUUGCUCGCGGCAUCUCCAACUCUGCCGGCCAGUGCGGUAUCGCCAUGCAGGCGUCUUACCCCAUCAAGAAGACGCCCAACCCGCCCACUCCUCCGCCGGUGCCGCCCCCGACCCCGGGCCCGCCGUCGCCGCCCAGCCCCAAGCCGGAGGUGUGCGACACUGCCACCAGCUGCCCGCCGGCCUCCACCUGCUGCUGCAUGCGCGAGUUCUUCGGCUACUGCUUCACCUGGGCCUGCUGCCCCCUCAAGGAGGCGACAUGCUGCGAUGACCACGAGCACUGCUGCCCGUCCAACCUGCCCGUGUGCGACACUGUCGCCGGGCGGUGCCUCUCUGGCAACGAGGAUGACUGGGAGAGCUCCGUGCCCUGGGUCUCCAAGGUCGCUGCCAAGAGGACCCCCGGCCGCAGCUGGAUCCCACAUGUGCCCUUCUGGCGCGAGGCGGAGUAUGCCCACAACUGAGCGCCGCCUCAGCUCACCAGCGCACACAGCAUCCGUUGAUCUUGCGCUGUCUCCAACUUGAGGCACCCGUCUGCAGUUUUGGGGUGGGAUGCUGCAUGGUGGGCUUGCCAGGCUCUGACCCGGGGGGCUGUGCGUCUGACAAGGGAUCUUUAAUUUGCAAGCCAGUUGCCUGUCACUUAUGAGAGUGUCCAGGCUGGGUGGGCAGUUGGUGGGUGACAGUGGCAUAACAUUUUUUGAUGGCAUCUUUAACCAGAGACUGCAUCACUGGGCGCCACAGAAAUGCCUCAAGAACAGGGUCGGGCUGCACUCCGUUCUGAGUGGCCAUGGUUUGCGAGUAGCGAAUUUCAUGCUGGAGCAUCAAGAGCAGGGCGUAGGACGCAGCGCUGCAGCAUUGUACAUUUGCGUUGUACCAGAGUCUCAGACCACAGUAGGAAUUGCCUUUAUUGUAGUGUAUCUACCCAUUGUACAAAUUACUGUCCGACCUGCUCGCAUGCGUGCGCUGUUGCAGCCAUGUGCAUUUUGGUUUGUCGCAAGGGCAGUGCCGCGACGCGCCGUAAUUUUGUCGGGUCUGGUAUUUAUGGGUAAUCUGCCUGUACACUAUGCCGAUGGACAUGACCUGCACUGACAGGGGCCAGAAUUGCUUUCCCGCAGAAAUGAUUUUCUGGCAUGAUGGCACGCAUGUUUGUAAAGGGACUUGCAUUGUAUGCUGU